UCAACAGCGCUGUAUUCCUUUUGUUUACCUGCAGGUCUCCAGACGGCGUUCGACGCGGACUGGGAGGCAGGUUGGAUCAGCCAGGACAACUAUCGCAAUGGCACAGAGGAAGGGGUCCUGGCCUACAAGCUGCUCAUCCAGACGGGCUCCAAGAAGGAGCCUUUCAACUACAGCCAGCUGACGUCCCGUCGCCUGGUGGACGCUGAGGGUCUCAUCGCGCCCGAGGUCUUCUACAUCUACCUCCUGGCGUGGGUGAGCAACGACCCCCUGGGCUACGCCGCCUCCCAGGCCAACUUCUACCCCAAGCCCCGCGAGUGGAUGCACGACAAGUUCGACACCACCGAGGAAAACCUGCGCAUCCCUGCUGCCGAAGCGCUGGAGUUCGCCCAGUUCCCCUUCUACCUGAACGGCCUGCGGCAGGCCAGCGACUUCGUGGAGGCCAUCGAGAGCGUGCGGGCCAUCUGCGACGAGUUCGCCCGCAAGGGCGUGCUGAACUACCCCAACGGAUACCCCUUCCUGUUCUGGGAGCAGUACAUCGGCCUGAGGCACAACUUCCUGCUGGCCAUCAGCCUGGUGCUGGCCUGCACCUUCCUGGUGUGCGCCGUGCUCCUGCUCAACCCCUGGACGGCCGGCAUCAUCGUGUUUGUGCUGGCCAUGAUGACGGUGGAGCUCUUUGGCAUCAUGGGUCUGAUCGGCAUCAAGCUCAGCGCCAUCCCCGUGGUCAUCCUCAUCGCGUCCGUCGGCAUCGGCGUGGAGUUCACCGUCCACAUCGCGCUGGGCUUCCUGACGGCGAUCGGCAGCAGGAACAAGCGCUCAGCGGUGGCUUUGGAACACAUGUUCGCUCCCGUGAUUGACGGCGCGAUCUCCACACUCCUCGGCGUCCUCAUGCUAGCCGGCUCCGAGUUUGACUUCAUCAUGAGGUACUUCUUUGCGGUGCUGGCCAUCCUCACCGUCCUGGGGAUGCUGAACGGCCUGGUCCUCCUGCCCGUGCUGCUGUCCCUCAUGGGCCCCCCGCCCGAGGUCCCCCUGGGGGGCGCCAACGCCGCCGCGGCCGCCGCCCACCGGCCCACCCCCUCCCCGGAGGCCCCGCCCCUCCCUCCACCCAUGGCGCACCACGGCUACGACUACUCCGGCGGCCAGCGGGGGCGCCAGCAGGCCUUCUCCGAGUCCUCGGACUCGGAGUACUACUCGGAGACCACGUCGGGCAUCGGCAGCGAGGGGGACUACGGCCACGGCGACCAGAGCGCGUACGCCGCGGCUCCGCCCCACGGCAACCCCGCCGCCAACACCUCUCACAUCCUGCUGGAGGCCAGCGGGAACCCCAGCUUCCCCAAACUCACGGUGGUGAAGCCGUUCAAAGAGAACACAGCGGGCUUUUGUGGAACUAAAGAACUCUUAAAUGAAUCUUCCCACAACGCGCACGCCAGGAUCACGCGCUGGGACACCGGGAACAAGUGGGAGCAGCAGCCGCAGCAGCAGCAGCAGCAGGGCUCCCGAAGGCCCCAGGCCCCUCUCAGCCAACCUUUACCCAGCGACAGAACUCACUUCCCUGGGCGGCUCGGCCACUGUGGCCCCAGGCUUCAGGGAAACAGAGGGCCGCAGCAAAGCAGGACUAAAGGGCCGGGUUAUGGCAACAAUAAUCAUCCGGCUUUAGCGACGCAACAAGGACCUUGCGGCGGACCGGUGACCAUGGUAACGGCCACGGCCUCGGUGACGGUUGCCGUGCACCCCAGCUUACCGGGGGCGGCCUACCAGGAAUAUACGCACGGGGCUUUCGACACGGACAGCGAGUCGGACUGCUUUGAGGACACUAGCGCGAGGACACACUCCUAUAAGAGAGACUCUCUGAAUAUCCAGGACAUGGAACAGGGCCAGCUGCAGCUCAGCCAGACAAAAGGUGGGCUGAGGGCUGAAUGCUAAGCUCUCUGGCUAACCGCUGUCUCCUAGCACUCUGAAGGCCUGCCGCCUAGCACCUCGACAACUCGCCCCGUCCAAACUCUUGAUCUGUACAUAAUCCUCGACGCAAAGACGUCGCCAGAGGAUCUAUUGUAAGGAAAUAUUAAAGCAAAAAAAGAUGGACAUAUAAAUCUAUGGGUAUAUAUUUUAAUACUAAACAGAGGGAAACUUAUUUAAGAGAGUACUGUUUAACUUGGGUCAACUCUUGUGUAAAAGCUCAGAUGUAUACGAUUAUUUCUCAAAAAAGGGGGCCGGUUGAUUUUAUUUCUUCUUCUCUAACCUCUCCGUUGUAUAGAAUAACAAAUGUGUUAUAUGUUAUAAAUGGUGCACGGAAAGAAAGUUAUUAAGAUAUUAGGCUUUUGAAAGGUUAUGAUCAGUGUUGAUUUUAUUUUUUGGGGGCUUUUUUUUGCUGCUACACUUCAAAAUAAGUUAAAAGAUUUGCCUUAAAAAUGCAGUAUAUCUUCUCCCCGUGCGGUUCAACCCGUCGAAAGAUACGCUUAAUCGUGUUACCCCAUGGACAAGCUGUUACACUGCCAGUGAGUGAAGAGUAUACCGACCACCCUUCAUCUCACCCUUAUUCUUUUGUUUCUUUGUCGUUUCUGUUAUAUCCUUAAUAUAAAGUUUUUUUUUCUUUUACCGUUUGCACUGUGAUAACACGCGCAAAGCAGAGACGACGCGGCAAACUCUGGUUCCUUGUUAGAAAGCAUCUAAUGUGCCUUAACCAGCCCUCUCCCCCUUCCAUUGUCAAUGUCCCCAUCAGUCCAUUCAUAAAAUCCUGUGCCUAGUUAUGAAUAUGCUAUUAGCUCAUUGUCUCUCUGUUCUACGUGGCUGGUCUCAGUGAGGUCCUCAAAGAACCAGGCAAUAGAACGAUAUUCAGGAAUCGGUCAUAGAUAUGUAUGUCCUUUUGUGUGUUUGUGGAUAAUCAUCUGUUAGCCUCUGUGUGACCAAUCAGGCAACGCACCCUGUUGUGGUAGUGGUAUCUCAGUAACCAUAGUUACAGUGUCACACUCUUAACCCUAGUUUAACAUCCAGUCGUUGUUUUUCUGUGUGUUUUGUCUCCUACAGUCCGAAUUUUUUUAAUUACUUGAAGGAGGUUUGAUGUGCUAUUUUCUCUGCAGUAUUUGUAAGCUCUACAUUUGGGUGAAGUAAAGGUUUGAUUCGAGGUACUGUUCACCUCAAGUGUGUCAUGAAAGGGAAUUGUAGUCUUAGAUGCAAAGGGAUUUUUUUUUUGGUUCUUUAAAGUAUUGUUGCUGGCUGUCCAAGGGUUUGCGAUUUACAUUCUUGUUUUCAAAACCCUGUGCAAUUAUUGUCUCAGAAGAGCUUCAUUCAGCAUAUUGUGCAGAGGAUUAGUUCUGCUUAACAAACAAGGUUCAGUCAUCUGGUGCAGUCAUUUGUUCUGCCUCAUAUUUGACUUUUAUCGUUCCAAUCCCUCUUGCUUCACCGGUAUAAGCUUCAUGCAAAGACAACUUUUAACUUAAUCCUGUUUUCCUUUCAGUAUUGGUCAAAUCACUGCCAAGUUAAAAUGCAGGGAAAAAACCUUCCACAUUUUUCUUUUCAACAUUUUUUCAUUUUGUAUUCUGUUCUGAGUGGCAGCUUGGGAUUCUUUUCUAAAUAUGUCAGGAAAAAAAAACGACAAAUAAGUAGCUACUGUGCAGUCUUGAAGAGAAAAACACAAAAGCCAAGCAGGCCAACAGUUGUAACUGUGAGUGCC